UUUCCUUAUGGUCCUGGUGUGCCUUAUCUUCAGUGUCCUGUCCACCAUAGAACACUAUGCCGAUUUCGCCAGCGGAACUCUCUUCUGGAUGGUGAGUGGAUUUUAUGAUGGAUUUCAUCUCUAAGUCUUUGAUUUUUUUUUUGUAUUGCAAUACCAUCGACAUCCACAUGAUGGGAGUAGGACAUCUUGAGUGGGAAGCAGACUAACCGCCAUCUUAAAUUCUUCUGAUUUCAAGCUCAGUGUUCAACAGUAUGAUAAAAGUAGUGAACCUCAAAUGAAAUGGAAAGGAUAUAUAGAGGUGCAUGAAACUCUAUGUCUAUUAGUCAUUGGCAUGCUUCAGAACUUAUUGCUGGGGGAUUUGUUUGAUGUAGAUUCUAUUGGCUACUCUCAGUACAACCAGUCCUACUCUCACAGGUAGAAAAAUACUGAUAUGGGGCAGGAUAAGGACUUUAUCUCACAAACACGUUUAGCAUAUUAACACACACACACACACACACACACACACACACACACACACACACACACACACACACACACACACACACACACACACACACACACACACACACACAGACACACACACACACACACACACACACACACACACACACACACACACACAGACACACACACCUCCCCAGUGUGGGGGCAACCAGAGGAUAGGACUGUACAGAGUGUUCUCUAAACUUUUGGCCAUUGCCCUUUGGAGGAUUCACUGGCUGCUGAGUUGUUCAUUUAUUUACACCCUGGAAGAAAAACUCUAUUCUCAGCAGUUUGAUUAGAACUAGAAAAGUAAGUCCAAAGCCCAGUGUCUAGAACAGAAGACAGAUAGAACAUUUGAGCUAAAGCAGUAGUUACAUUAGACUUAGAGUUUGAGUAACAAAACAUUAUAACAAAACAUUUGUAACUCAAGACAUGAGCGUUACAAAACCUACAAGACUGUAUUAGAAAAGGAAACAGGUGGCAAUGUCCUAAGGAUGACAUUUGACAAAACUGUUCAACCCCAUUUUAUGUGCACAUGCAUGUGUGUGUAUGAUGUAAUUGUUUUUGUGUAUGGCAUAUGUUGUGUGUGUAUUGUGUUUGUGAGAGAGUCAGUGUCAUCAUGGUGCGUAUUUGUCGUGGAGUGACUAUACUUAGCAAGUUCAAGGUUAGCUGACAUCCAUGAAUCAGAGCGUGCUUGUGUUGGAUGGCAGAGUCCUUGAGGAUAUUUGGCUUUCAAGGCGGCUGCCAAAGUAAAGCUAGCCAGGUUCAUUAGGGCGCACCGACAUCCAUCACAUGUCACACGCUCUAGUCUCUCUUUCCAUUCCUCUCCUGUUCUCCAGUCUACUCCAGGUCCACUGACGUCACAGCUGUGUGGCACAGUGGCAGCACCAAACAUCUGAUCAGAAACUGGAUUCCACCAUCAUUCCACUAUUUUAACAUAGAGCCCCCUUAAAGAGUUUCACAUAGCCCAAUCCAGCUUCAAUCCAUCUAAUCACAUUUCAAUGCUCUGAAUCAGCUCUAUCCUAGUUUUAUGAGAUUAGGGAACACUACUAAAUGAAUCUAUCAGUUGUUUUCUGCAAACAUCUAGUUACCGUUUCAUCACACUGAAAUCUCUGAAAUCCGGUCGACCCAUUUUCGAAUUUUUGGGAUUUAUUGUAAUCCGAUUUGAUUCUCCAGAUUCACCUGGUUUUUACCUGGAAAUGUCAUGGUGAAAUGUUUUUCAUGUAGUAAUUCAAUUCUUUUUUAUUCUCAGCCAGCACUGACCUGACCUGGCCAUUCAUCUAUGUUUCAUGUUCCUGUUCCACUCUGAUUUGGACAUACUGUAUGUCACGUGUCCCCACUCUUGUUUGGGUUUCUUUAAAUCUCACAACAAGCCAUGGUGACAAACAAAUAGACUUAUCUCCUAGAGGUGCUGGCCACUGGGGAGCAGUCUGGACAGGUGUGGGAAAAUAACCUUGGCUGGAAGGACACUGACACUUUUAGAUACAAAUACCCACAAAUAUACUGAACAAAAAUAUAAACGCAACAUGUAAAGGGUUGGUACCAUGUUUCAUGAGCUGAAAUAAAAGAUCCCAGACAUUUUCCAGAUGCACAAAAAGCGUAUUUCUCUCAAAUUUUGCGCACAAGUUUGUUUACAUCCCUGUUAGUGAGCAUUUCUCCCACAGGGGUCUGAAUACUUUCCAAAUGCAUUGUAUGCUAAAUCCACACAACAUUACAUUUACAUUUACAUUUACAUUUACAUUUACGUCAUUUAGCAGAUGCUCUUAUCCAGAGCGACUUACAUUAUAUAUUUUUUCAUACCCCCUGUGGGGUAUGAAAAACAGUGCUAUUUGUUCCUGUAACAUCAAUCCAAUCCACUCCACAGUAUCAUUUAUGAGGAAAGGAAGGGCACCGUCACUGUAGUAGUAGUAAGUGAACGUUUCUAUAGGGUGAGUGACAGCCAGGGGAUUGUUUUUGUGACUAUGGAGCUAUGUUGUUGCAGCAGGGCCUUGGAAUUAGGUUUCAUAAGGGGGGACUGGUAGGGAAGCCAGUUUAAGCAAGCAAUGGGACGGCCACCCACACUGGGAUGGCUAUUAUGGAGUGUUAGGUGGCACAAUAUUAUGGAGACAUGGUGCUAAUGAAAAAGAUAUUGGUUCAUUAGGACUUAUCAAGUCGUAUCACACCUACACAAAAUGACACCCAUUCAAACCUCUAAGAUACGUGCUCGCACACACGCUCACAUAGACACACGCAUGGAUGCACGCACAAACGCACACACACUGACAUUUAGUUUUGCUCCCGGAGGACCAUGAAUGGUUUAUAUUGAAGGGGGGAUUGGGACUACACUGCAGUGACUGCACCCUCUCUCUAGUGGGACUGGGGGAUAUAUGGUUACUGUAAUAAUGCUGGAUCAACCACCGGCUGUUUUGUUUUAAUCAGAUCCCAGAGUUUUUUUCCUUCCAAUCAGGUUCUCUAAUAGUUGUGACCAUUGUUUUUUAACCACCUAACAGAUGUGUAAAGGGCUCUAACACAACCCAGCUUAUUGUCCUGUGUAGCUCAGUUGGUAGAGCAAGGCGCUUGCAACGCUAGGGUUGUGGGUUCGAUUCCCACGGGGGACCAGUAUGAAAAAAUGUAUGCACUCACUAACUGUAAAUUGCUCUGGAUAAGAGCGUCUGCUAAAUGACUACAAAUGUAAAAAAUAAAUAAAUUAGGAGUUAUCCUACCUGCACAUCCUGCUGAGGUGCUGUCACAGCCAUGACGCUCACAUAACUAAGCCUUUUACCCUGGCUCAAUAUGCUCUGUCAUCAUAGAUGCUAUCAAACCUUUUUCUUGGUGGGCCGGUGUGAAUGUCUCCCUCACCACCAGACCACCUCAGCCUCUCUCUGUCAGCACACCCAGUCCCAGCAAGCUCUUAUCAAGCCUGAGAUCUCAAUGCAUUGCUUGGCACUCAUAUGUAUGAAAUAGUAAAUAAAUAGUGUGUGUAGAAGUCUUAGAAUUUGUGAUAGUAAAAUGCAGUAGUCUUAAUGAACUAGUUUGAAUGCUUUGUGUCUUCCCCCUUUCUUCUCCGGCCCUGUUCUCCUUACUGUUGUCUGUAACUGCUUGUGUUCUGGUCCACAGGAGAUUGUCCUGGUGCUGUUCUUUGGGACGGAGUACGUGGUGCGGCUCUGGUCCGCCGGCUGCAGGAGCAAAUAUGUGGGGAUCAAGGGACGACUCCGCUUUAUCAGGAAACCCAUAUCUAUCAUAGGUGCACCUGGCUUCUACUUUAUUACAUCUCAAACCACUGUGCCAUAGGCAUUCAGACAGACACUGUUGUUACAUGAUAUUACCCCCCCACUUCAUUUUUGGUCAAAUUAGAUUACUUCUAGUAUUAUUUCUACUAUUACUACUUACAUUUCAAUGGCAAUUUAAGCAUUUGAAGAUUAUGAACUAGAUGCCAAUGCUAAUGUGUAGGUGCACACAAUACAUUACAGAUGGUGUCUGUUUCCUUUGUCUCCCCCCCACAGAUCUGAUAGUGGUUAUUGCCUCAGUCAUAGUGCUGAGUGUAGGCUCCAAUGGCCAAGUGUUUGCCACAUCUGCUAUCAGGUACUGUUUAUGUUACAAAUAACAGUGUAAUAAAUUGUCAUAUUUUGUGCUGGACUGUAAUUGUGUUGUCAUUGCUUAGUAAAACAGACGGAAGAGAGUAGAGGUAGAGGAGGCUGUCUCAUUGAUAUAGGCUAAGGUUUGAUUGACAUCGGUUGCCUUUUGUCUCUAUUGUUACAGGGGGAUCCGCUUCCUCCAGAUUCUACGCAUGCUGCACGUGGAUCGUCAAGGAGGAACAUGGAGGCUUCUGGGAUCUGUAGUCUUCCUCCAUCGACAGGUGGAGAUCCCUUUACAUCCCUUGGGGUCAUUUAAUCUCAUAAUUAUGUGCAGUAUGUGCUCACAUGAAGUUAAAUAUCACAAGGUCGUCUGGAGCAUAAUGCUGUUUUAAGUAGAGUGACUUGAUCUACCUUGAUCCUACUUGAUCUUACUUGAUCAACUUUUUCUACGUUGAGUAGGCUUCUCAUAAAUCCUCAGUCAAUCAAACUGAUGAAAAUGAAAAACGCAAGGUAAAUGAGAUGCCUAAAGACAAGGUUAGUCAUGGCUUUGAAAAUGAAAAACAACUAGUAUUGGACAUUUCUUAACCAAAUAAGGACACACCCUGUGGUCAGAUGAUGGGUACACAUUGCUGCCAUUUCAUCCAGAGGAUUAGUGUUUGAGUUGCCCUGCCUCCUGCCUCCUGCCUCCUGCCUAGCCUGUCUGGUUAUGGGCAGACAUCUAUCCAUGUUUUUCAUGCUACAUUACCACCAGUGAUUACCACAGAGCCCGGUGUGCAAUCACAGAUUCCUCUGAUACUCUCACUGAGACCUGCAAGGCUUUAUAAGGAGAGGGAGGUAGAGCGUCAGGCUCAACAUCUUUUCUUUACUCCUCUUUGUGUGUUUUCCCCUCUUUUUUUUUGUAAUCUCUACCGUUACGCUCAUUUCAUUCAUCCAGUGUUCUUUUUAAGACCACCUGUUUCGUAUUUUUUUUCUGUCUCACUUUGAGAUUUUUUAUGUAAUGAAAAGCGCUAUAAAAGGUUACAUUAAUUAUUAUUAGUAUUAUUAUUAUUAUUAUUAUUAUUAUUAUUAUUAUCUUUAACUGGAAGAUGUGGGUUAUUUCUCUGUGAUGUGCAAUGAGUCUACCGGUGAUCUUUUAGGGUUUAGUGUUAGGGUUACAUCAAUAGUCAAAGGGAGAUUGUCUUCUCUCUGAGUGAAACGAUAGAGAGAUAUAUGCCUCCUCUUUCUAUGUUAAAUCAUUGCAUGCUGUAGCCUUGAUCAAACUAUGUGUUGUAAUGAUUUAUGUUAUGGAUGGAUUUCAUUUUAGUUCGAUUCAUACCUGCAAUGUAAAAUGUGUAAAUAAUGUCAAGAAAUGCGUUUAACAUCUACACAUUUUAGCAGACGCUCCUAUCCAGAGCGACUUACAGUUAGUGAGUGCAUACAUUUUCCAUACUGGCCCCCAGUGGGAAUCAAACCCACAACCCUGACGUUGCAAGCGCCAUGCUCUACCAACUGAGCUACAGGAGGCCCAAUACAUUACAACUGACAUACUACACUCUGUGUGUAUUUCCUCUGUUGUAGGAGCUGAUCACAACGCUGUACAUCGGCUUCCUGGGGCUGAUCUUUUCCUCCUACUUUGUGUAUCUGGCGGAGAAGGAUGCUGUGGAUGAGGAGGGCAAGACUGGCUUCUCCAGCUAUGCUGAUGCCCUGUGGUGGGGCGUGGUAAGGCAUAGUAAUAGCAUAGUAUAUGCCAUAUAGCAGACUUUUAGUAAAGUGUGUUGUGUAUACAUUUUAGCAUAUGUGACCCCAGCAGGAAUCAAACCCACAGCCUCUAUUUCCACCUCUGUGGUUGUUUUGUGGUGUGUGUUUGUCAAUGUCUCCCUCUAGCUUGAGUGGUUCUGGAAUACCUAAGCCAGUUUCAGUCACACAAAGCUACUGCUAGCCUCAGAGAAAUACGUUUUGUUUGAGAGAAAUAGACAAAAGGUGUCAGGAGUUGGGUAGACGAUGAAUACAGACAUAAUGCUGAAGCUGUAAUGCUUCAAUAACACACAGGGGUUCUUAUUGGACGUUUUGAAGAUGCUGCCCACCCUAGUUGGGACCAAAGAUUGAACUACACUCAAUGACUAUUCAUUUUUCCAUUUGUGGCUGAUGUGUGAAGUAGUUGGUGCAAUACUCAGUCUAUAAGGAGGCAGCUUAUGGUGUUGUGCCCAUGCUGUUGUGGCUGUUUCCAUCAGGUUUCCAUCCAUGGCGGGUCAAGUUUCCAGUUCAGUUAAUUAAACAGUUGAAUGCAAGGCUGUGGGUAAUGAGAAACCUGUGGUAGUCUUGUGCUAGGGGGAUCUACACACCACAAAAUACUUUCACCAUUCACCUCUUUGCUCUCUGGCUCAAAGACCUUUUGCUCUGCCACUAUAAAGUGUCAGUUCCUUUAAUUAAAACUGUAAUUGCAGGAUUACUAGCUGUUUUUUGAUGAGAGUUAGAACGGUUCGGGGUCCUUGGUGCCCAAUGAAACCAAGAAGAAAAGCUGUUUUUUGUGUCUCGUAGCCCACAAUGAACAAAACAGCCCAAUAGGAGCUUUGCUCUCCUUUGUUUUCCACAGACUGUAAACUUGAGACUUGUGAUAUGCCGUGCCAAUAGCGUUGGUCACUCAACUCUGGUUUGUGUGUGUGUGUAUGUUUGUGCGCUGAGUUCAGUUUGCACAGCAGUAAGGGGAGAGCCUGAUUGGAGAGUGGUGUGUGUGUGUGUGUGUGUGUGUGUGUGUGUGUGUGUGUGUGUGUGUGUGUGUGUUUCCCAACAUAUUCCCUGUCAGCUUGUUUUCCACUGUGGGAUGUGCAGGUGCAGGGCACAGCUGUAGGACGGGCCCAGAGCCCACGGCCAAUGGCAUGAUUCAUAUUCCCCCUCUCUUCUCUCAUCCUCGUCUUUCACACUCAGUCCAUCCAAGCAGACGGAGGUCAUUCAGGGAAAGGUGUUUGAUCUGGAGCUUCAUCUGCUCAACCUCUGAGAAAAUAUAUUUGGAGAGAGAGACAGAAAAGCGAUUGAUUUCAGGAGGGAUAGGGAGAGACAGAGAGAGAGGCAGUGUGCCAUAUACAUGAACUUAGUUUAUGGUGUGAUGCCACACAUAGGGUCUGUGGUGUUUACUAUGAACCAUAAGAUGGCAGGCGUGGUAUGGCAAUGACACACACUCACACAUAGAGAGGGAGAAAUAGACCUUGAAGACAUGUAGAGGCUUCACCACCCACUUGGAUUGCAGCGCUUACACCAGGGCCCAGUUUUUCAAAAGUUAGCGAACUGGAUUUUGCCUAUCGGAUAGGAUUACAUGCAUAGAAAUAAAAUGAAUAGAAUGGACAAGUCAUUGACUUGAAUGGGGACUUCCGUUCUGUUCAUUCUAUUUCUAUGAUAGAUAAAUCCAGAAAGAUAACUUUUGAAAAACUGGGCCAUGGGGUUUGAAUGCGGGGGUGUUGUUGAGUGGACUAUUCCACACUGAUGUCAGGCCCAUUGUUUAGUCAUACCAUUUGUAGAUGAGGAUUAACCACCCCCUCACCCCCUCCCUCCUACUCGGCUUCUUCCUCUUUACUCCCAAAGCCUUUUAAGUAUCUCACCUUACAUCACCCUCUUUGUGUCAGCACACAGCACAUGGUCACACGGCGCCCCAAAGACACUCCACUGUAAGCCAAGUGCUUCUCUCAAUGUGUCACAAUUGGCUCAGCUUUCAGAGUGAUUGUACAUGCAAAUGCAGGGGGGAUUUGUUUUCCUCUCCCGCUCGGCCAAAUUCCUCCCUUCACUGUGGAUUAGUCCCAGUCAGAAUCGUAUUCCUAUUGAGUGAAGUUCAACUGUUGAAUAGUGACAGAUAUGGAGCGGGGCCAAUAAGUCUGAUGAACUUUCUCUUCAUGAUCUGGCCCUUGUUGUUAUCGCCAAGCUGAAGGAGCUGUGAAAGCACUGUGUUCAAUGACCUCUUUACAACCAAGCAGCUCAUUAUUAGAAACGCCUUAAAAACUCUUAACUUCUUUAGUUGACAUUUAAAUGGAUAUAAAAUCAGUGUGUGGAAACAUUUCCUUGUUUUCCCCAAUGUAGAGUAUCAUCCCAUCUCCACUGUCUUGUGUCCCCAGGUGACGGUGACCACCAUUGGCUAUGGGGACAAGGUUCCUCAGACGUGGAUAGGGAAGGCCAUCGCCUCCUGCUUCAGCGUCUUCGCCAUCUCCUUCUUCGCUCUUCCUGCAGUAAUUACCCCUCCUCCUCCUCCUCCUCCUCACCCACCUCCUCUUCCUCCUUAAUAACCUAAAUAGCAUAAUGUGUACAUAAUUCAUAAUACACUAUAUUGCCUUCCAUCAAUACUGUGUUGUCUGUUGCCUCAGUGUGCAGCUCCAGGUCCUUUUCACAGUGUUGUGAUGUCUCUCUCUGUCUCUCAAUCUCUUUCUCCCUCUCUCUCUCGUUAUCUCUUUCUCUCGUUAUCUCUCCAGGGUAUACUGGGCUCAGGCUUUGCUCUGAAGGUGCAGCAGAAACAGAGACAGAAACAUUUCAACAGACAGAUCCCGGCUGCAGCCUCACUAAUCCAGGUACUGACUGACUGAGACACAGACAGACAGCCACCCACCAGUCAAUCACUCACUCUGUCUUGUCUGGGAUCUCAACAGCUAUGUAUAGGAGAGAACAUGUAUAGUAAGGAGUGUAUACAUAGAGCUUAAACAGAGUAAUGACAUAUGGGACGUACUGUAGACCGUUGAAUCUCUCUGCGCUCUUAGAAAAAAGGUGCUAUCUAGAUACCUAAAAGGGUUCUUCGGCUGUCCCCAUAGGAGAACCCUUUGAAGAACCCUUGUUGGUUCCUGGUAGAACCAUUUUGGUUCCAAUUACAACAGUUUUGGGUUCCAUGUAGAACCCUUUCCACCGAGGGUUCUACAUGGAACCCAAAAUGGUUCUACCUGGAACCAAAAAUGAUUAUUCUAUGGGGACAGCUGAAGAAUCAUUUUGGAACCCUUUUUUCAAAGAGUGUAGGUGUGAUGGGUGAUUUGAAGGAGUCAGGCGCAGGAGGGUAAAUCACAGAAUACAGAGUUUAUUCUGGAAAACAGAGUUACGCAGGAUAGCGUCAAACACAAGGACAAGGGGGCAGAGGGAACACUUAUACAAGUACGAAUAAGGGGAUAUGAACCAGGUGUGUGUAAAUGACAAGAAAAAACAAAUGGAAUGAUGAUAUGAGAUGCGGCAGUGGCUAGAAGGCCGGUGACGACAAACACCGAAGCCUGCCCGAACAAGGAGAGGAGGCAGCUUCGGAGGAAGUCGUGACAGUACACCCCCCCCUCCAGCAGCGUGCCGACACCAGUCUCGGGGAUGUCCAGGAGGACGCGGAGCAGGGCGAGCCGGAUGGCGACGGUGGAAAUCCCGCAACAGGGAGGGAUCGAGGAUAUCCCUCACCGGGACCCAGCACCUUACCUCCGGACCGUACCCCUCCCACUCCACGAGGUACUGAAGGCCCCCCACCCGACACAUCGAAUCCAGGAUGGAACGGACGGAGUACGCCGGGGCCCCCUCGAUGUCCCGGGAGGCGGAGGGACCUCCCGCACCUCAGAUUCCUGGAGCGGACCAGCCACCACCGGCCUGAGGAGAGACACAUGAAACGAGGGGUUAAUACGAUAAUCAUGGGGAAGUAAUAACCUAUAAGUAACCUCGUUUAUCCUCCUCAGGACUUUGAACGGCCCCACAAACCGCGGGCUCAGCUUCCGGCAGGGCAGGCUUUGGGGCAGAUUCCGGGUCGAGAGCCAGAACCGAUCACCUGGUACGAAGACCGGGGCCUCACUGCGGUGGCGGUCAGCAUUGACCUUCUGACGACGCACAGCGCGUUGGAGAUGGACGUGAGCAGCGUUCCACGUCUCCUUCCGCAUGCCGAAACCAGUCAUCCACCGCAGGAGCCUCGGUCUGGCUCUGGUGCCACGGUGCCAGAACCGGUUGAUAACCUAAAACACAUUGGAAUGGCGUUAGGUUAGUGGAGGAGUGACGGAGAGAGUUCUGGGCAUAUUCGGCCCAUGGCAAGAACACCGACCACUCCCCCGGCCUAUCCUGGCAGUAGGACCGCAGGAACCUACCCACAUCAUGAUUUACCCGUUCCAUUACUCUCGGGGUUGAAACCAGAGGUCAGACUGACCGAGACCCCCAGACGUUCCAUGAACGCCUUCCAGACCUUGGAUGUGAACUGGGGACCCCGGUCAGACACUAUGUCCUCUGGUACCCCGUAGUGCCGGAAGAUAUGUAUAAACAGGGCCUCCGCAGUCUGCAGGGCCGUGGGGAGACCGGGCAAAGGAAGGAGGCUACAGGCCUUGGAAAAGCGGUCCACAACGACCAGGAUGGUGGUGUUACCUUGAGAGAGGGGCAGAUCAGUCAGGAAAUCAAUACUUAGGUAAGACCAUGGGAGGUGCCUAGGUGCCUUACUCUGGGCGCGCACCGAGCAGGAGGAGACACCCUCAUGUCCUUAGCCAAGGUAGGCCACCAGUACUUUCCGGUCAGGCAGCGCACUGUACGACGAUACCUGGGUGACCAGAGGAGGGGGACGUGUGUGCCCAGUAGAUCAGAUGGUCAUGGACAAGAGCAGGCACGUACUGCAGCCCAGCGGGACACUGAGGUGGAGAUGGCUCUGUGCGUAAUGCCUGCACUAUAUCCGCGUCCAUCGCCCAUACUACCGGCACCACUAUGCAGGAGGCCGGGAGUAUGGGGGUGUUGUCUCUGGGCCUCUCCUCUGUGUCAUACAGCCGUGACAGUGCGUCUGCCUUCACGUUCGCUUCUCCCAAGCUGGCUAGCAUCGUCGAAUGCUCCUGCACCCGUGCCACGACUCCAGGCAUGCGCUCCUCUCCCGCUGACUCCAUAGCGGGUGGGUGAUUCUGUGAUGGGUGAUUUGAAGGAGUCAGGCGCAGGAGGGUAAAUCAUAGAAUACAGAGUUUAUUCCGGAAAACAGAGUUACGCAGGAUAGCGUCAAACAGUCAAGUGCGCAAAACAGGUGCACUGGAGCAAAUACAGGCACACGGGGAAAAUAUACCCCGGCAAUGAAAAAUACACGUAGCUCAACCGAGCUACUCUCUCCUCACAUAGAACAAUCACCCACAAGGACAUACAAGUGCUAAUGAUGGGAUAUGAACCAGGUGUGUGUAAAUGACAAGACAAAACAAAUGGAAUGAUGAUAUGAGAUGCGACAGUGGCUAGAAGGCCGAUGACGACGAACGCCGAAGCCUGCCCGAACAAGGAGAGGAGGCAGCUUCGGAGGAAGUCGUGACAGUUGGACCUGGGCUGGUCUGGCCUGGUCUGACGCACACCAUCUUUGAUUUAGUGCUUCACUCAUGUAACAUCUUCAGGCUAGGAGGUCAGAUAGGUUGAAUUAAAACAUGUCCAAAACCACUCAAUCUCCCGAAUUCGAUUCUUUACAGAACACAUUUGUUCCCUCCAGAUCUUGCCAAUGUAAGCUUCAAAAAGCAGUCUAGUAGUUUUAGAGGAGCAGCAGUGUUUGUAGUCUGCAUAUUCCCGCUAUGUCCUGGAAAAGGUGAGCGGUCCUGUCCUGUUCUCUCCCAGAUGGAGACGACAGGCAAAUAGCAGACGGUUUUAUUCGCCAGGAGCUGGCCAUCACAAGGAUCACAUUGACUCUGAACAAACACAGAAUCGCACAGCUGCAUUUACAUAGAGACUCCUUAUUGUGGUGACAUUUAGAAACGUAGAGACACUAAAUGCACAUAAUAGUGAUGAUGAUGAUGAUGUCGGUGCAGAGCUAAAAAUGGAAUGGGUAUAGGAUUUUUCACAAAAAAAUGUCAGACUGAAGUUGUGAAACAAGGAAUCUGCUUCAGAGGGAAGAGUCGUCUCUGUCAGAGCACAGCGUUGCACUGACAUAAGGUCAGUUGGUUAAGGUUCGGAUAGGGCUGAUUCUAGAUCUGUGCCUAAGGCCAACUUCUACCCAGAGCUGAGAAAAUGUCCAGGUGAUCAGCUCACCCGCUGGGUUUACCCUGGUAAAUGAUAUGAUUAAAACAUUUAUCACACUGGUUCACUGUUUGUGUCCAUCCUCUUCCUCAGACGCUGUGGCGGUGCUAUGUAGCAGAGAAACCAGAAGGCUGUCCCGCCACCUGGAAAAUGUACGUCCUCACCGGAGACUACAUCCCUACCAUUAAUUCUGAAAACAACAGCCCAAACCUCAGAAACAAGGUAAAAACUGCAUUACUACUUCAGUUAUUAAAAAGCAAAAUACUGUAGGUGUAUUCACACAUUAUGCACCUUUAACCCUGUUCAGAGAGAAGCAACAGUUUGCCUCUGCAUUCUACUGAUGCACUAUAGCUGCUUUGUCAAUCAACAGCUAAUAUAUCUGGUCAACCUGUCUCUCGGCACACAUGCAUCCCAUCUCAAUUCCCAGAGAUGUCAGAAAGAGAGCUGCCCACAGGAAAAAGCUGUUUGGUAGGGAUAUGAGCCAUCCAUCUGGCUGACAGACAGACCUAGUAUUAUCCCCUUCAACAGUGUGGUUUUUAACUUAACUACAUUAGCUGUGUGGUGGUGCUUAGGGCAUGGAACUGACUGUGAAAGAACAAGUUAAGCCCCCCAUCCACUCCCUUUCCCCAGUCAGCAGCCACCCACCCCCACCACAUACCCCCUACCCCUCGAGGCCUGAGCCAGUGAGCCACCAGGAUGACUCCAGGCCUUUGUCUCCCCCACACAAAGACACAGUCAGUUGAGAUGAUGUCACCGCUGCCUUUCUCAUGGGAGUAAACCUUUGUGUUGGUAGAACAACAACAAAAAAAUCUUUGUUUAGCAUUGAACCCACACAUAUUGGGGAGAGUGAAGGCUGCUUCCGUCCCUUUCUGUUUCUGCAUGUGACUUUUCUCCUUCUCUCUCUCUCACCUUCUCUCUCUCUCUCCUCUAUCCCUUUCCCCUCUGUUCCUAAUGAGUCAUUCAGAAUUCAGGCACAUUCUGGUAUUUGGACAGGACUGUGGGCCAGUCAAUGCCAGGAGACUGUGUGUCUGUCACUGAGUAAAAAUCAUUCCGUUUCUAUAAAGCAGUCAGUCUAUAAAGCUUGCUCUGGGAGAUGGAGUGGAGCACAAUGAAGGUCCGGAGGCAUUCAGAGACUUAGAGAGCUUUGACCUCAGUUAAACCUGCAUAGAUUAGAAGACAUCGCCUAAGUCACCAUGCUAUAGUGCAGGUAGAUUUGAAAUGUCAGAAAUAUAUUAUUUGAAGAGGUUUAAGUGUGCACGAAUCAUUGCUUAAAAAGCAAAUACUGAGGCAUCAACAUUAUGAAUGGUUAGGCAAUGCAUCAUCAACGUUUACUGAACAGUAUAUGCAAUGUUAGAAAUAGCAAAUGAGGCAUAAACGACAAGUGAUAGUGCUAAAACAAUUCUGUGCAACCAAAAAAACAAACAAACAACUUGUUUAUCAUAUGGAGGUAGUGAUUGGCCACAUGUGACCCUUGGCCUUACCUGUUUAUUCCCACAGGACCAGGAGUGACCACAUAAACCUGACCAGCGAAACUCCUGGCCCUAAUGACCGAUGCUGAGUUUGUGUUCAGGACAGUCCUGAUGAUGCUUUUCUUGUGUUUCUGUCUCUGUUGUGUCUUCAGAGAAAGCGCCCCAAGAGGAAACUGAAGAUGGUUCGUGACAACGGCUCCCUGACAAUCACUGGAGAGAAGAGGAUGUCCAUUCCUCAGAUCACCUUCGACCACAUCGAAGAUAAAGACGAGAAGAAAGAGGUCCCCUUCUUUCUAGAAGAACAGCCAGGUAACUGGACAGUACUGGAAGGAACUGGUUUCAUUACAGUUGGUCGUCUUACAGACACUCCUAAUGUUUGGCUUAAAGUGAAGAUAGAUUACACUGGGAACAGAUGUAAUUUCAACGUCUAGUUUUGAUUCACAUUCGGUUGAGUUGUCAACUAACAUGAAUUCAACGUGAAAUCAACAAAAAAUGUCACAAGAUCAUUGGAUUUAGGUUCAAAGUUGGGUAAAAAAAAUAUGAAAUUCCCUUACGUUACUGACUUUUUGCAAAUAUAAUCAGUUUUACACGUUAAUUCAACAUCAUCACAUAGAUUUUUUGUUGUUGAAAUGACGUGGAAACAACAUUGAUUCAACCAGUUUUUGCCCAGUGGGAUACUGCCAUAAUGGCAGUGUCGAUUUUAGCAUGUAAAUCUUGUUGGGGCAAACUCCCCAAUUUUUGGGGGGAUGCAUGCCAGCAAAGUCACUACACAACACAACACAAAACUAAACAAUACAUUAAUACAAAUGGUGCCCACAAACUGUUAGGGCCUACAUAAAGGUAUCCCAACAGUAGAGCUUUCUUUUCAGCACCAUGUAUUGAAUCCUUACCACUGCUACACCUGGCUAUCAGCCAAGCCUUGUCUGGCAGCGAAACAGUUCAUUCAGCCGCAUUCACUGCCUUAAAAAAAACCCAUUGCUGAUAUGGUUGACUUGCUUAAACAAAUGUGGUUUCUACUGACAAUUGAGAUGUACAAACUAUGGCAUAAGGGGAUGACGAGCAGAUAAGAGGCAAUCCGUAAUUUGGAUUAAGACAUUAAUGAGCGAGCUAGGACGGACGUAGUCAAUAUAACUAUUUGUUCAGCACUUUUGAAAUGUACAGCAACAGAAUUCAGAACAUGGGCCGUUCUUACAGUAUUCUCCCUGUACACCAAGUCAGAACUGUAGGAUAAAUAAAGGGGGCAUAUAAGCAGACAAUGAAAGCUCUUACAAUAUUUGAUGAUCACAUUUCUCUAAAACAGGCUAUAGGCUACAUGUGCACCAACAAGUCAGAACAGUAGGCUAAAUUAUGAGGGGGAAAGGGACUACAUUAUUAGGGAUGAGGCACAUGGGCUACUAACAGUUUACCACUCAACAUACACUUAGUAUUACUUUCUUAGCUACAGUAUACAUAUCUCCCUGGCAUAUUACAUAAUUUAUGCAGCAGCAUACAAUACAUUUUUGGGCUCACCUUGUUGUGCUGUGCUCACUUAAAUAAGAAGGUGGCGCGGCGGUCCUUCUUGUGGGCUCUAGAAAGAGGCCCGAAAUCCCGACUUGGAAUUCUGCGUUGGAUGACCGUUCAAAAUUAUUUUCCCAGUCGGAGCUAGUUUUAUCUGAGUUCCCAGUUGUCUUGAACUCACUGACGUCUGAGAUUUCACAGUUCCGAGUUUCCAGGUGUUUUGAACGCUGCAGAAGUCAUGCUGGAUUGACAGCAUGGCCAAUGUAUUAAAACUUUUCUGGCCCAUGGCGUUACCCCCUUUUUCGUGAUAUCCAAUUGAAGUUACGAUUUUGUCUCAUCGCUGCAACUCCCCUAUGGACUCGGCGAAGGUCGAGAGCAAAGCCGCACUGCUUCUUGACACACUGCUCACUUAACCCGGAAGCCAGCUGCACCAAUGUGUUGGAGGAAACACUGUCGAACUGAGUCAGCUUCCAGUCCCCGGCCCACCAUAAGGAGUCGCUAGAGCACGAUGAGACAAGGAUAUCCCGGCCGGCCAAACCCUCCCCUAACCCGGACGACGCUGGGCCAAUUGUGCGCCACCUCAUGGGUCUUCCAACUUGUUAUGUAAUGUUUAUGUCCAAUGGCCGAUGAGCACCGAUACGUUUUAUCUAUAAUUUAUAUUCAUAUGACAAGGAUUGAAAAGGAUUUGCCAGUAGAUUGCCGACAUGAUGCAUGAUGAUGACUGGUUGUCUAGCUUUCUAGCUAAGAUUUUGAAAGUAUGACGGUGACAUGAUCAGUCCAAUCAAAGCUACGGUAGAUAUAACGUGAUUUGACGUCAUUUUAUCUGUGGCCAAUGACCUUGAGCCUUCUUGGGUGGGCACUUCUAAUGUAAGUCUAUGGCAGCACCCAAGGGGCCUGAAUUUUCGAGCUCUACCCGUAGAUUUUGCGGUGACAUCUUGUCCUCAUGAGUGACAGAACACUGAGCUAAUCAUGGCGCAACUAGAGAACAUUACCAACCCCUACACUCCGUAUUAUCCGCUGGCUGCCCAACCACCACAGAAAGCACUGAGCUAGGCUGAAACACCUGCAUUUUGGAGCUGCCUUACUCAAGAAAGCAAAAAAGAGACCAUAGGAGAAAUUAGCAUGGAUGUAAGGCGAUAGAUUGUUCUUUUAGCACAGUUUGAGACAGCUGUGUUUGAAGCAGAUGUCAUAUGUGACCGCCUCAAUUCGGUUUUAUGUAGCAACAUUUGAAAUUGUGUUUUUUACAUUGGAUAAAAGUAGAGACUCAGAGCUAGAAAAGUGUAUAUCAUAUACUACAGUUGAGGAACAAUGGGAAAGUAAUUCUGCUUCGAAAGUUGCUAAACUUGUAACCCCACUUUUGAGAAAAAUGCCCUUGAAUGUUUUGGUACACCUACUGGAGUGCUCUUCUUUGUCUACACCCAUUCAGCAUCGUUCACACCCUCUUAAGCCCCACACAUCUCUUUAAGGAUUCACAUGUGAGGCCAUGUGGUAAACACACGCUAUAUCAAAUCAAAUCUAUGUUUAUUUGUCACAUGCACAGGAUUCUGAAGGUGUAAACGGUACAGUGAAGUGGUUACUUGCAUAGUAGCAAUAUCAAAAACAGAAAGUCUCCAGAUAAAAAUAUUUUAUUAUUAGAUUAUAUUUUAUUAUUAAAUGAAGCUUACCCGACACACUUAAUUGAUGGUCAUGUGAAGAAAAUACUAUAACCACCCCCCAGCCACAUCUAACUAAGUGAAUGGGUCACUAUUGUCUAGACAUGUACACAUGUUCAUGAAAUACAAUAGAUGGCCGUAAUCCCCCCCAGACACACCUGGCUAAUUUGAUGGGUAAUGUAAUAAUCCAGCCAAAGUGGAGUCUUUUUUAUUUAUACAUGUAGCUAGCCAGGUAGCUAGCUAGCUAAACAAUGAACUGGCAUAAUCCCAACUCAUACUACUACCAAUACAAACAUUGUCAUAGCUGUAGUAUGAAUCUGUAGGUAGCUAAAGCUAACAAACGAGGUUCAAUGUUAGCUAGCUAACAUUAGGCUAUAACUAGCAAUGCAAAUAAUGUUUCUGAUUCAAAAAAUAUUACUACACAGAUCAUCCACGUAAUGUUAGCUAGCGAGCCAGCAAGCUAACAUUUGCUAGCAAACUAACAGUACGCUUUAACUUGCAAUAAAAAUGACUUUCUGACAAAAUUAGGAACUUAUAUCUGAAAAUGUAGCUAGACUCUUAGCUUUAUACAUGGAUGAACGCUUCACAGCAGACUGGAACCAUUUAACUCCGUUUUGUUUGUAGCUACAUCUUGUUUGGCCAGCGUUGUGUCAAGUCACUCCGGUUCAUACUGACCGUGGCGUGUGCAAAAAGUAGCCCAUCACUUUUUCCAACUGAUCUGUCGAUAGCGCCUGCUAUGGGCAACAAUGUUGUUGAGAAAAGUAGCAGAACCUUUGUAGUUCUCGAUGGCUAAUGUUAUAUCUUUCAAAAACUGCACGGUAGAAAGGACUGUCAACACAUACUGAACAGCUCACGUUAUAGACAGAAGCAUGCUACAUGGCAGACCAAUCCAAACUCAUCUCCCAGCUUUUCCAGCCCAUCCAUUAUCUCAGCCAUUCAUGGCUAGCGGGAAGGUUCCUGUCUUUUUCUGUAGCUAAACCAAGUAGGCUCGUAAUUUAACAAUUUUAUUCGUAUUUAUGGAUGGAAUACAAGUUUCUUAUUAAGGCACAUUAAAGUUCACGUGUUUACGUUCAAAUGCCGCUCUUGUGAAGUAGUGACGUGCGACAUACACCUAGCUUCCUGAAACGAGUCACAUAUGAGGAGCAUUUUCCAAAGUGAAUUACCAUAGUAAUGAAACAGUUUUUUUCUUUCAAUUCAAACUUAAUUUGAUUAAAUAAUGUAUUUAAGGGCCCCUUGAAAUGAUGUCAUGCAGACUUAUGUUUUGCAGCUUGAAAAGCUAUCAUUUCAGUAAAAAUAUAUUGGAUGCUUUGUGUGUUAACUCUGUUGAAUUGACUGGUCAGGGGCCACUGGAGACGAGAGAGAAACGUUUGUGUGGCACAGAUGGAGUCCUCUGUUUGAAAUUCAAGCAGUGCUAUAGAGAUAUGAGUUUAUGAGUAAUGCAAUUAUUCCUUGGUAGGAGACUAUAAUUCAAACCUGAGGAUAUUAUGUGCUUAUCCUUAGCUAUUUACCAUUCAGUUGAAUGCUCAAGGUGUACAUUGUAAGUAACAGUGAAUCUGUGUAAUGUACAGUGUGUCAUGUGCGUGGGACACGACACAGUAACGAUUUCAAGAAUGCUCUGACUCAGCAUGCCUAUGGAUGGUAAGGUGGGUCUUUCAUUAUGAGUGGUAGGGUGUGGUGAGUGGUGUGAUUCUCUCUCUUCCCCCAUAGAGGGAGAGAAGAGGGAUGGGGGGGAGGUGUUGUGUUGUGUAGCUGGUUGUUCGUAAUACAAGGCUUGAAUGUCAGUCAGUCAGAGAGAGGAACAGGGGCCCUGUGAUAGAAAGACAGACACAAGAUGGCUGCCACGUGGCUGGGUUAGGCUCCAGCACCAACAGGGACAGGCCAGGCCAGAUGGAAGUCAUUAGAGUCACUGGUGAUUAGAUGUCAUGUAUACUGUACAAGCGCUUUACUGCUCCACUUGUCCACAUCACUGGCAUCAGACACUUACACUUUGAUAGAUUUUACCUGAAGAAAAUGCCAGAAAGUACUUCAAAAUAGGAGGUGUUGUGGCAAGAGUCAGUCAGAAAGCUAGUGUUUUGUAUUGAAUCAGUGGUAACAUUCCCACAGAUGUUGCAUUCAGUUACUCAGUAUUCACCUUACUGAUGUUGCUAGCUAGACCGUUGGGGGGGGGGGGGGGGGCAUUCUGUGUAAAACCCCCGCCAAAUGAAUCGUCACAGUCUGGAGGUUAAUAAGUGUGUUUUAUGAGUUUUUCCUGUCAAAGCACAUAAUCAUAAAAGGAGGGAGAGGGAUAUAAACACAGAACGUAACCAGCACAGAAAGGAGUUAUGGGGGAAAAUGCUAUCUCGUUUGGUGCUUAAUUGGAGGGACGUAACUUAGAUAAUGAACAGGAACAUGUGUCUUACUGCCUUUGAACUUUAGAGGGGGGGAAAAGCAUAUUUGUCAAGUUGCAUGUAUUUUGGAUGUUGAGGCUAGUUAGUGGAGCCAAGGCUUUUGAAAGGCUGUCUGUUGAUGUCAUAAAGACAUUUAAGUAGCCAUGCUCACCAUACUCCCAACAGCAUGUUGUCAAUAAUGAUCAUGUUUAGAGUCCAGGCACCAGGCAGCAUGGUGUGCUUUCUACUGCUAACAGUGUAUAAAAACAGACAUCUGCAGAUUAAACUGUCUCUGGAGAUUAUGGGUCGUUUAAAUGGGUUCUUAUCCUGCGGAAACAAACUGUUAACAGUUUUCUUGUUGAUGAAAAGUGUUGUUGGAACAGCAAUGACAUUGCACUCUCUUAUAUUAAGAGUUAAAGUCCUAGAUUAUGCUAAAAUCUAAGUUUAUCGUAUGUUUUCUGACCUCAAAAGUGGUCUAAUGUUGAGAUGAGUCCAUAUCCCAUGCCAUCGGUUGUGUAGAUUGAUUUCUUUAUAUACAGUAUGUCAUAUUAAGGCAGUGGUUUUGAGGACAUCAUUUUGAGAAGUUCUUUCUUUUCCUCCUCAGUCAUCACCCGGAUGCUCAGACAAACAGGUGAGCCCUCACCUCUCUACACUAAGACUCCAUCUCCUAGUUGACAUCACUCCAUGGUCUCCAGUCUUCUUGACACACUUCAGUUCCAACUCACGCAGUUACAGGCUCAAUCCUUUGUCCCUUUAAGAGAUCCUCUGUGUUAAUCAUUAGUCAGUUGGUUUUUACCCAGAUCUAGACAGUAUUUUAAGAGUUUGUCACCAACCGGAGCAAACUGGAAGCCAGCAUAGAGACAGACGCAGGCAGGGCCUGGACUCCCUCCUCUCCUCUCCACCAGCCCAGCCUGGGUGUUUUCUUUUCUGGCUGUCCUGCCAACACCAGUCUGGGUGAGGGCUGGGACAGGGUCCGGGGCCGGGGGACUCAACGGGGAACAGGGGGGACUGGGAGGGAGGUUGGGGUGAUAAGCAGACAUUGUGGAGCUCCAGUGGUCAGAAUUAAACUGGGCAUUGUUUGAUUUAGUCAGCGUCCGGCUUAUCACUCCACUUAUCUGUCUGGCCCUCUGGCCCGGCUGCCGUCUGUGAGAAUCUCCCUUUUCAAUGGGGCGCUCUCUUUCCAGGCUGUCACUCUCUCUCCCUCUCUCGCUCUUUGUCUCUCUCUCUUUCUCUCUGUCACUCUGUCUAUCACUCUCUCUGUCUCCCUCUUUCUGCCCAGCCCCCAUCAUCUCUCGCUCUCUGGCCCCUGCUUGUUUUCAUUCUCUGGUGCUCCUAACCCAGUGUGUUUGCUCUGACUGGGCCAGAUAUUAAUACGCCUGCAGUGUUUGUGUAGCAGAUAAGCUCGCUCGCGUCCCCGGUCCCACUGAAUGAAAGAGAGAGGUGGAGGAGCUGCACAGUACCCCCUGUCCUUAGCUUUCCCCUCUCUCUCCCUCUCCCCCUUCUUUAUUUCUCCUUCUCUCUCUGUCUCUAUCUGUGUCUCUCAAUCUCUCCCCCCUCUCUCUCUGCCUACCACUCCCUCUCUCUUUCUCCCUCUCUCUCUUCUCUAUCUCUCCCCCCCUUCUCUCUCUUCUUUCUGUGUGAGUGGGUCUAAAGUAACAGUGUAGCCGAAGCUUCCGGGCUGAACAAUGUUAAACAAACUGAUGUUAAAGGUCCAGAGGGUUGAGUUGCCUUUGCUUUGGUUGGAGUGGUCACCCAGUUCCUGGAACCCCAUUUGCUAUCAUGCUUUAUUCUUUAUGAAACUAUGCUGACUGUUGGACUGUAGCUAGGUCCUUACGAUGUUACCAAUCAUCAUCUUCACAGACUAAAAUAACCUCUUCUUAGUGUGAUGAUACCAUUCAAUGGCAUACUGUAUACUUGAUUGACUAGUAAAAUAAUAAUAAUAUAAUAUGUCAUGUGUGCAUACAUUUUUACGUAUGGGUGGUCCCGGGGAUCAAACUCACUACCCUGGCGUUACAAGCGCCAUGCUCUACCAAUUGAGCUACAGAGGACCACUAGUCAGCAUAUCUUCUACCUGUGUGUUUGUUCCACCUGUUUCUCACACUCCUUUUCUUUCUUUCUUUCUUUCUUUCUUUCUUUCUUUCUUUCUUUCUUUCUUUCUUUCUUUCUUUCUUUCUUUCUUUCUUUCUUUCUUUCUUUCUUUCUUUCUUUCUUUCUUUCUUUCUUUCUUUCUUUCUUUCUUUCUUUUCUUCUUGACUCCAGGCGUUCAGCACUCGUGGUCCACUUUCAAUCUGAGCUGUCCUGCCUCUCCAGGUAGACCCUCACACUUCCCUAAUGGCUAUCCUUUACUUUUUUAAUUAGCCUAUUUUCUUCUUACUUAGAAAAACGGAAGCUACAUUGAACUUAAUUAUUGAGUAUAUCAUCAAGACUCUUCUUGUAUUGUCUCGCACAGUUAAGAGAAAACUGGACGGCCCUUCCAUGGACAUCUCCCGGGUGAACAGUUUGUGUGAUGACAUGGACUAUGUCAGCGAGGACAUCCCUUUACCCGUGGUGACAGACACAGCACAG